AUGGAGCGGAAAUCUGGGGUUGUAGUUACGCCCCUGAAAUCGAACGAGCUCAAAAACAACACACCGAUACUACUUGAGAACUACACACUGAUACUUCUUGAGAACUACACACCGAUACUAAUUGAAGACUACACACCGAUACUUCUUGAGAACUACACACCGAUACUACUUGAGAACUACACACCGAUACUACUUGAGAACAACACACCGAUACUUCUUGAGAACUACACACCGAUACUUCUUGAGAACUACACACCGAUACUACUUCAGAACAACACACCGAUACUACUUGAGAACAACACACCGAUACAAUUUGAGAACUACACAUCGAUAUUACUUCAGAACAACACACCGAUACUACUUGAGAACUACACACCGAAACAACUUGAGAACUACACACCGAAACAACUUGAGAACUACUCACCGAUACUACUUGUGAACUACACACCGAUACUACUUGAGAACUACACACCGAAACAACUUGAGAACUACACACCGAAACAACUUGAGAACUACUCACCGAUACUACUUGUGAACUACACACCGAUAUUACUUGAGAACUACACACCGAUACUACUUGAGAACAACGCACCGAUAAUAACAAUUUAUUGA